AUGGCGACUAGUCUGGCCGAUCCUCGUGGCAACUGCUUCCGAGACGAUAGUACCCCCAAUUUGGAGGCCUCCUCAGAGGGGUCCAUUUUCGUUCCAGGAGCUCACUUCCAUUUGAAGGAAUCAUUUGGUCCCUCUACACGCAAGGUGGAUGAGUACUGGCGGUCAUCUUUACCCCCGGCGCAUCGUCCGGCUCCGGACGAGGAACAGCUUCCCUCUGGAGGCCCUAGGCUUUAUGAUCUGGACUCUACUAUUCAUGACUCGGUUGACCCCAGCUCGUUUGUCCAUGCAUUAUUGAGGACCUCGUCGAUGCCUCUCGGCCCUAAUCUUGGUUCAUACAGUGUUGAUGGUGUAUACGACCAGAAGUUCCCCUUGGUUGGCAUGGACAGAGUCGUUAAAGAAAACACCGUCACUGGGACGAAGACCACCGGUUACUGGCCUCUCUUUGGAGCCCUGACGGCUGGGGUACACAUUAAUAAAGGCACGCAGUCGUAUUGGCGAGAGGUCUACGGCUUUAACGGUGCCUCACGGACAGUGAACUGUGACUCGGGGGAUGUGGUCAUUGGUGUUCGGUGGCGCUCCCACGCUAGGGAGGCGGCGAGGCGGGCGGCGGCAGCCACUGGACAGAAUGAGAAUGAUCAAGACAUGGAAGCCAAUAGGAAACUCCUCGAUAUUCCUGAUAUACAGUGUACGAAGCUGAUCACAGCCGAAGUGAAGGCGUAUGGGAUCGAUACCGUGUACCAAGUGAAGAACAUUACUUAUGAUACUGAUGAGCAGACUAGGGCUGAAAACACCAUAGCUAGUGUGAAGGAUGUCCAACAGUGCAUGCUGAGCUCAAUGGAGGGCUUCAUGAUCAAGACUGGCGAUGACUCUUCGAGGCGACAGGAGCUCAACACUUGUUCCGGACGACUCAAGGAGAGUGCCAUGCCCUCCAGCUUUAUAAGGUGGAUGCUUAGCGCUCGCCCGAUUAAAGCUGACGGGGGGACGGCUAGUCCUCAGAACCUCAUGGAAAUCGAUAUGGGAUAUAGGGCCGAUCCUGACAUCGUGGCACAGAUCCUGGCUGGGAACUAUUCUUUCGACAAUGACAUGUUCGGUCCGACUAACAUAGAGUCCCCGGCAGCGGCCAGAGAGGAGGCAAUGAACAAGGCCUUGGGGGGAUUGAAGGAUGCCUGGAAUAUGGACAAGGUCCCAUCCAUUGAAUCGGUGAAGAGCAACUUACCAGAGAAACCGUGGGAAUCAUCUAAACUCAUUGUUGGCAGCGAUAAGUUCCUGGAGGGCACCAUGUUGGGGGGCCGUAGGGCGAUGGCGGUCACUGGGUUCACCAUGUCGACGGACGGAAUGCCGGAGUUUGUCUGUGGAAAGAUCGUUGCUUGUGAGAAGGGCACGUGCAAGGCCAAUGGUUGUGAGUGCAUGCCGGGCUAUGAGGGGCCCAAUUGUGACACUCGCACUGACCCGUGUCGUACUAAACCGUGUGGGCAGUUUGGUGAAUGCGUGGAGAACUUUGACAAGCCUACUGGUUACGAAUGCCAAUGCCAGGCUACAUGGUUCGGCAUUCACUGCGAGACCACCACUAACAUGUGUCUCGAGAAGAUCCUACUUGAAAAUGAAACUGAUUGGAGAGUUCGUGACUGUGGGAAAGGCAACUGCGUAUCUGGCAAUGGACAAUACGAAUGUCGAUGUGAGGAGGGUUGGGAGCGGAGCACGCCUGGACUAGGUGGGAAGUGUGACCAGGAGGUCGUUGAGAUUGCAGUUAAUUUUGUCAUUGCCGUCGUUUUGCUCUUUUACACUGUUGGCACUGUUGACGUACAAGACUGCGUAGGCCAAUGGGUCGGUAGUACAUGCAAUGAUGAAUGCAUGCAGGAGAUGACCUUCAAGAUCUUCCAGCCGGUACGUGGGUCUGGAACGCCGUGUGAGCAUCCUGCUGGCAAGAGUCGCACUGAAAUGUGCAGCUGGGGUGACUGCAAGAAGUGUAUGGGCAGAGACUGUAACGGUCGAGGAACCUGUGACGUGGCGACGGGGGUCUGCAAGUGCGAGGGGGCCUUCUCUGGUGAGAACUGUGAGCUCGAGAAGACUGAUUGCUCAGAGAGCCGCUGUAACGGUCAUGGAAACUGCGUGGAUGACGGGUGUCGAUGUGUCAAUGGGUGGACCAACGAGGGCCCUGACAAUGGUCCCCUUAAUGGGGUCUACUGCACUAGGGAUCCCUGUGAAGGUUGUCCAGUCGGGCAGUGUGAUGCAAGGACAGGGUUUUGUUCGUGUCGGUCUGGGACUUGGUCGGACGUGAGUAGAGCCACUGGGGAGCCGGCGUGUGAGCUUUCCUCAGGCAGCAUUGACUGCAUUGGCGAUUGGGGUCCAUGGAGUGAAUGCCAAUCUGACUGUCAGAGGCGACGGUACUUUAGUAUCUCGACACUGCCUCGUAACGGAGGUAAGCGGUGCCCAGCCAAGGGUGGCGAUGAGAUGCAGGAGGCUUGCCAGAUGGGAAGCUGUUGCCUAUUGAAGGAAGCUGACUGUCUCAACGGUGGAACUCUGAUGGCGUCGACUUGUGACUGUUUGUGUGCGCCAGGGUUCCAGGGGUCACGCUGUGAAACUAAGGUUACCGACGCGGACCGAGUGCUUGAGCGAGAAGCAAUAAUUGACUUUAGCGGUGACCCGGUCAUACCAGAACAGGCUGAAGAGGAGCCCGAUGCUGCCAUGAACAGUGUUCAGAACAUGGUCGUUGAGAAGAAGUCGCCGGUGAUGCUUAUCCUCUGUGCCAUUCUGGUCUUCUUCAUUUUCGCGGGUGCGGCGUAUUACUAUCAAUCGGAACAGCAGAAAAAACAAAGGUCCAACGAUGUGGACCCUGAUGCAUUCAUGGCAGAGUGA